AUGUAUUUUCGAUUUAAUUUUGCCAUUGAUGAAAAUGAGGCCAGUGAACCAGACACCCAUGAUGAACUGGACUCACAGCUGUGCUCUCCAAAACAGGAGUGGGAAUCCAUGGAAAAGGGCAAGCAGACUGCUGAGACCACAGCAGACCCCAGCCUGGGGCCAGUUAAGCUGUUAUCCCUGAAAAUGUAUUUUCGAUUUAAUUUUGCCAUUGAUGAAAAUGAGGCCAGUGAACCAGACACCCAUGAUGAACUGGACUCACAGCUGUGCUCUCCAAAACAGGAGUGGGAAUCCAUGGAAAAGGGCAAGCAGACUGCUGAGACCACAGCAGACCCCAGCCUGGGGCCAGGUACUGAUAAGCACCAGGAUGAGAUGCUACCAAAGAAAAAGUUCUGCUGUAAAGCUGCCAAAGAGCACAGUGUUCCUGAAGAUCUCCAGAAAGUAUUGGAAAAUAAAGUUAUAGAAACUGUAUCAGACCUGCAUUACAUAAACAUGUCUGUAAUGGAAAUGACACAUUCAGGUGGUGCCAAUGGAGAAGACAUCGUGUCCCAAAGUGUUUCAUCUCACUCUGAUCUCAUCCCAGGAGUCUAUGAGGGAGGACUGAAAAUCUGGGAAUGCACCUUUGAUCUCAUAGACUACAUUACUGAGGCUGAAAUACUAUUUACCAACAAAACAGUAUUGGAUCUUGGCUGUGGGGCUGGACUGCUGGGAAUAGUUGCUUUAAGAGGUGAAGCUGCAGAAGUUCAUUUUCAGGACUACAACAGCACUGUGAUUGAUGAAAUAACCUUGCCUACUGCAGUGGCCAACUGUGUAAGUGAAGGCAGUGGGAUGGGCUGUGGAGACAACAGGAAAACUGGCAAACCUCCUCCAAAGAGGCCCAGGAAAGCCAAGUGCACACCUGAUGCACUCACCAAGUGCAGAUUUUUUUCUGGAGAGUGGUCUGAGGUCAGCCAGCUCCUGUUAAACAGCAACAAACCCUUUUCAAAGUAUGAUCUAAUUCUCACAUCUGAGACCAUCUAUAAUCCUGACUACUACAGUGCUUUGCAUGAUACACUGGCUCAGCUCUUGGAUAAAAAUGGCCGUGUGUAUCUGGCCAGCAAAGUACAUUAUUUUGGGGUUGGUGGUGGUAUCUACCUCUUUGAGAAGUUCAUUGAAGAGAGAAACGUGUUUAGGUCCAGCAUAGUUAAAAGAAUUGAUAAAGGCCUGCAGCGAUGUAUUAUGGAAAUGACCUUUAAAGAUUCCAGUUAA